AUGCUCCUUUACAAGACCAACAUCCCCUUUGAGAUCUACGAACGCACCCCAGAGGAUAAAACCCUUGGCGCUGUCAUGUACUUCAACGCUACCGUCGCCAACCAAUUCAAACAACGUGGCAUUGACGAUGGGUUCGUCCCCCUUAUCAAGUUUAUCUCUGUGAUCAACGUCUGCAACGAGCAGCGCGAGAGCGAGAACAAAAUCGACUUUGACGGACACGACGAGGCGUUUGGAGCCAAUGGAUACAUCAUUACGCGCCCUAAGUUGUAUGAUCUGUUACUCCGUCGAGUUUCCCGGGAACGUAUUCACCUCGGCACGAAGAUCUUAUCGAUCUAG